ACCACCGAUCCACGACCACCCCUCACAUGCGCCACGGACACUCUCUCACGAUAACAGAUGCCCCGACCCUAAACAUCGCUACUCCACCAUCUGAAGGGCAAAGAGAAGGCUAAAAUUUCAUGUCCAUAACCGUUCGCCCGUGACGGGUACACCACCGCCGCCAUGGGACAGGGCUUCUCGCUGCAGGCGCUCUCGGCGGGGCCGGGCGGCAUAGACGUGCCUGAGCUUUCGGACCUGACGUACGAGAAAUCCAUGGGGUCGGCGCGGUUUAUGAAGAGUAUCCGAGCGCGCCAUGACGAUGGCGUGGUGCUGGUGAAGGUUGUCGUUAAGCCGUAUGUGAUGAAGCUUGACAAGUAUAGGAAGAGGAUUAUCGAGGAACGAGCGGCGCUGGCGGAUAUACCGAAUGCUCUGGGCUACGAGCGGAUUAUAGAGACGGAGAAUAAUGGAUACCUGGUUCGACAGUACCUCUACAGCUCAUUAUAUGAUCGCAUGAGCACGAGGCCGUUCCUGGAAGAUAUAGAGAAGAAAUGGCUGGCAUUCCAGCUGCUAUGCGCUCUACGUGAUUGCCAUGCGAGAGAUAUCUUUCACGGCGACAUCAAGACCGAAAACACCCUCGUCACAUCGUGGAACUGGUUAUACCUGUCCGAUUUCUCAUCCUCGUUCAAGCCCACGACACUUCCUGAGGAUAACCCUGCCGAUUUCUCCUACUUCUUCGAUACCGCGGGAAGGAGAACGUGUUACCUUGCACCCGAGAGGUUUCUAAGCCCAGGCCAAGAGGCUGAUCCAAAGGCUAGUAUAACUUGGGCCAUGGAUGUCUUCAGCGCCGGUUGCGUGAUUGCGGAACUCUUCCUGGAAUCGCCAAUCUUUAAUCUGAGCCAGCUUUACCAAUACAAGAAGGGCGAAUAUGAUCCUCUGACUCGAAUUAACGGCAUCGCAGAUAAGGACAUACGCGACCUGGUAGCCCACAUGAUCCAGCUCGAACCCGAGGCGAGGUAUUCUGCGGAAGAAUACCUGAAUUUUUGGAGGAAUAAGGCGUUUCCGGAAUAUUUUUACGGCUUUUUGCAUCAGUAUAUGGGCGUGAUUACCGACCCCACGUCAGGGCGAGCACCUAUUACUGGCUCCUCAGUAAACCUAGGCGAAGCGGAUGACAGGAUUGACCGAAUCUACUAUGAUUUUGACAAGAUAUCGUACUUUCUGGGCUACCAGAACUCCAGAUCAGAAGGAGAGGAACAUCGGCUUAAUGCUUCACAGUUUAGGCUCCAGCUCCUCCCUGUGCAUUUAAGCAUCCCAAACAACGAUCACCAGAUCUCGAGCUCUGGAAGCCGACCUGAGGAUGAUGGGACUCUGAUAUUCUUGACAGUCGUUGUAUCAUCAGUGCGGAACACAGCACGAGCAGCCACACGGGCGCGGGCUUGCGAUCUCCUCCUUGCUUUCGCUGAACGCCUAACAGACGAAGCCAAGCUAGACCGAGUUCUCCCAUACAUGGUUUCGCUGUUAAACGACAAGUCUGACAUCGUCAAAGUUAGUGCAAUUCGCACACUCACCCAGCUUAUGACGAUGGUCAAGGUGAUCUCGCCAGUGAAUGCCCACGUCUUCCAAGAAUACAUACUGGAUCGCAUGGCUCCAUUCCUCGCAAACACGAAGACAAACCCGAGCCCGAUCGUUAGAGCAACGUACGCGGCAUGCCUGGGAAGCCUUGCAACAGCCGCAUCCCGAUUUCUAGAUAUGGUGGCAACGCUGAAAGCUGAUGGGUCGCUGCCUACGAUUGACCCAGAAGCAGAUGGGAAUGCACCGGUUCUCUAUGGACUCUUUGACAGCGCCCGCGCGGAGCUGAUAGAGAUAUUCGAGACGCACACCAAGGCGCUCAUUACGGAUGGCGACUCGUCGGUGAGGCAGGCAUUUCUGGGCUCCGUCCCGGAGCUGUGCAUGUUCUUCGGGACUGCGGACUCCAACGAUAUUAUCCUGAGUCAUUUGAACACAUACCUUAAUGGCAGGGAUUGGGAGCUGAAGUGCGCUUUCUUUGAGACUAUCGUCGGUGUUGCAACGUUUCUUGGUGGCGUGACACUAGAGGAGUUUAUCUUGCCAUUGAUGGUACAGGCCCUCACCGACCCGGAAGAGUUUGUCGUUGAAAAAGUCCUGCGGUCGCUUGGCCACAUGGCCGAACUCGGUCUAUUCCAACGGUCGAAGACCUGGGAGCUAGUCGACGUUGUGGGCCGCUUCACUAUGCACCCGAAUAUUUGGAUUCGUGAGGCAGCAGCUAUGUUCAUAUCAUCGUCAACUAGCUUCUUAUCGAUGGCGGAUAGGCAGUGUAUAGUGCUACCAUUAAUAAGGCCGUACCUGAAGAGCGACAUUAGGGACUUCUCGGAGUUGAGGCUUCUUGAUGCCUUGAAGAAGCCACUUCCUAGACCUGUACUUGAUCUGGCGAGUAAUUGGGCAUUGAAGGUUGAUCGGGGCGUGUUUUGGAAAUCUGCACCCAAGCAGAAAACAUUCUCGUUUGGAUCUUCGAAUCAUACUAUUCCGUCUUUCUCGGCCAAAGAUACGACGCAGAAUGCUCUGGCCAAGGUCCCCAAAAACGAGGAAGAUGAGCACUGGAUUGUACGACUACGAACCCAGGGAAUGAUGGCCGAGGACGAGUUUAAGCUGGUCGCCCUGCAAGAAUAUAUUUGGAAAACGUCUCAUUUGAAGACGAAAGAGCCGGUUAAGCACCCUGAGUAUUUGAAUGAGGUGAUAAACCUGCGGAAGUUUGGUAUUACGCCUCAAACCGUCAUGUUUGACGAAGGAUUUGAAGAAGCCCCUGGAAGUGGCAAAUCACCUUCAGUAGAUGCCGACAAGACGACCCACACUAUCGCCGAUGCAUUACUCGAUGCUUCGCUGACGAUAGAUGAUACGUCGUCUCGAUGGAGACAGAAGGGAUAUAGCAACCACCAGGCGCGCUUGGAAGAACACAAUUCGACACUAUCUGCGUCUGAUAAAGGAUCUAAAGAACCAUCCCCUGCGAGAUCACCACCAGGCAAUGCUAUGCAGAAUGCGAGACAAAGUUCUGCUGCGAACCAAAGGCAAAGACCGACUUCUGACCAGUCAAGAGAGCCCCGUAGCAGUGGCAGAGCAAGCGAUGAUGAUUCUGUGUCAAUUACAAGCACUAGACGUGGCGGCCGACAGCAGCCGUCAAAUGGUGCUAUGUCUCUCCUCGGCCGGAACGAUACAGCCAAGUCUUUCCCUAAAACGAGCACUACAUCUACAAAUGCCUUUGGUAGAGUUGAAGGCCCAUUUAAGGGUACUAGCCACCCGGCAGCUGAUCAUGAUCUCAUGCAAAAGACUGAGGAGGCCAAGAAGAAGGAUAUCAAGUAUCGCGCGGCGCACACAUAUUCUGGCAAUGACCCCAGCAUCCUUCAGAUGCUUGACGCCAUGUAUGUUGAGAAUUAUCCAGACAACGUGCUUGAAUUCGGUCCUAUGGUUACGCCUGUCAGCCGACGCAAACCCGUCCAAAGAAGCAAUAUACAAGCAGUUGAAAAGCCAUGGAAGCCUGUUGGCAUACUUGUAGCACAGUUCUCUGAGCAUUCUGGGCCUAUUAAUCGAGUUGUUGUGGCGCCAGACCACAUGUUCUUCCUCACCGGAGGCGAUGACGGGACUGUCAAGUUGUGGGAUACCGGCAGACUCGAAAGAAACAUCGCACAUCGGUCACGGCAGACUCAUAGGCAUGCAGCGGGGGCUAAAGUGAAGGCAUUGUGCUUCAUAGAGAACACGCACUGCUUCGCAAGCUGUGCAACUGACGGGAGUGUCAAUGUUGUUAAGGUCGAUUUUGUAUACCGGACUGGUGUCGCCUCUGCCCGGUAUGGAAAGCUCAAGGUCAUCCGCGACUACCAGCUACCAAAGGACGAGUAUGUUGUUUGGUGCGACCACUUCCGCGUCGAAACGAGCUCAGUAUUGAUGCUAGCGACCAACAAGUCGCGCAUCAUUGCCCUAGAUCUGCGAACCAUGACGAUCCUCUACGAGCUGGAGAAUAACGUACACCAUGGUUCUCCGACGUGUUUCCUUGUGGAUAGAAAGCGGCAAUGGAUCUUGAUUGGUACUUCUCAUGGCAUUCUUGACUUAUGGGAUCUAAGAUUCAGGAUUCUGGUGCGGAGUUGGGGAGUGCCAGGCGCGACCUCUAUUAGCCGCAUAUGCUUCCAUCCGUAUAGGGGGAGGGGUAAAUGGGUAUGUGUCUCUGGUGGGAAUGCCCAUGGAGAGAUAACGGCAUGGGACUUGGAGAAGUUUCAAUGCAGGGAGGUGUACCGUUCAGGAGGCGGCGAAGAUAGACCCCCAAGAUCUUAUGACCCUUGGCCGGUCGACGAUGACAAGCCAGAGAGCAUGCUGGAGCGCUUUGCAGCUACGCAUGACCUCACUACAAGCAAUGCGUCUGCCCAGGGAGCCUGCGCUAUGGUCACAGGGACAGAUGCAUACGAAGACGGCUCGGAGUUGAAGUAUGGGUUCAUCAUUGCCGGUGGGGCGGACAGAAAACUGCGGUUCUGGGAUAUGGCAGAUUCAAAGCACUCUGAGAUCCUUAGCGGGCAGGAGAUUGAUGACCCCAAGCCUGUUUACACGAUAUCGAGGCCCACCACUGGACUCAUAGUGAAUGUCGAAAGGCUGCCUCGGCCGCAACCCACGGCGCAAAACGCAGCCGCUGGAUCUCGAAGUUCGUCGAGUAAUAGUAAGGGCCAGGACAAAAAGUCGUCGCGGCCUACGGUGAUGUCGUUGCACCAGCAGUUGUUGCUCAGGACGCAUCUUGAUGCGAUUACUGACGUUGCACUGAUUGAGGCUCCGUAUGGAAUGACGGUUUCUGUGGACAGAUCUGGGUGCACAUAUGUCUUUCAAUGAGUGUUUAGGAGUACUGGAGACGGAGUUAUAGAUUUGCAUGGGGAGAGUUGAAUGGCGCAGAGGUUGUAUAGAUACCAAGGAUACAUUUAGUGAAAUAUUAUUAUACAGUUUUAGACAUG